UUAAUUACCCAUUCAUCAACUAAUAUCUUUUAUUAAAAAAAAUUAACGAAGAAAGAGAAGCAUGAGGUUUUCAGAGGGAUUGGUGGUGGAAAUUGAGGUUCCACAGCAGAGGAACCUUCACGGCGGAGCUCGAUUCCCAGCCGUGGUGACUCCUUCUUCUUCUCCUUCUCUAUCUCCGCAGCAACUCAUAGAAUCUCAUAAACAGUUGCUGGAUUCGCUUCUUGCGGAAUCCGGUGCUCUGCUUCUGAGGGGAUUCCAGCUGAACACCCCCUCGGACUUCAACGACGUCGUUGAGGCCUUCGGCUACGACGAAUUCCGCCUGGCCAGUAUCUCCGCACCACGCUCCAAAGUUGUAGGGCGUGUGUUCACCGCCAAUGAGUCCCCGGCGGAGCAGUACAUCGCUUUCCACCAUGAGAUGGCCCUGGUUCCUGAGUUUCCUUCCAAGUUGUUCUUCUUCUGUGAAGUAGAGCCUCAGGCUGGAAGUGGCGGCGAGACUCCAAUAGUUCUGAGUAACCUUGUGUACGAAAAGAUGAAGAAGGCGCAGCCUGAGUUCGUUGAGCGGUUAGAGAAGCAUGGCUUGUUGUACACAAGGUUCUUAGGUGACAACGACGACACUUCUUCUCCGAUUGGCCGUGGCUGGAAGUCAAACUUCAACACCACAGACAAAACCCUAGCCCAGCAGAGGGCGAAUGAAAUGGGGAUGAAGUUGGAAUGGUUGGAGGAGGGAGGAGUGAAGAUGAUAAUAGGGCCAGUGGAAGGUGUGAGGUAUGAUGAGAGGAGGGGAUGCAAGGUGUGGUUCCAUACUAUGGUGGGAUGGGAUGAUCCAUCAAAGCCUGUGACCUUCGGUGAUGGGGAGCCACUACCGGAGGGUGCGGUGACUGAGUGCCUCAGAAUAAUGGAGGAGGAAUGUGUUGCGAUUCCAUGGAACAAAGGUGAUGUUCUCAUCAUUGAUAACUUGGCUGUUCUUCAUGCUCGAAGACCAUGCAAUACACCCCGCAGAGUUCUUGCUUCACUAGCUUCUUAAUAACUACCCUGCAUGCAUUCCACUACAUUAAUAACAUUACUAAGUUCCACUUAUAUUACAGUGUAUGUAUUUCACAAUAAGCUUGUUUAAUUACCAACAAUGAAUUCCUAUGA